GAUUUCAUAAGAACCUGGAAAACUGAAAACUUCUGAUCCAUAAUUAAACAAAGAGCACAAGUGGACCGCAAUUUUACCAAUUGCAGAUUUUUAUAAUGAGAGCCUGAAAAAUUCCAGCCUGAACGCGAUUCGAGCCCGUCCCCGCCUAGAUAAUAUGGGCCGGUUAUUUACUCGAGGUCUGACCCCAAUCACUGUUUUACUCAAUCAGUAGUCCUCAGGUUUUCUCUAUAAGAGAGUUAAUUUAACUAAUUAAAAUGAUUGUUCUUCCAUUGUUAACUUUUCGCCUUCCGCACACUGUUGAAGCUCUCAGAUAAAAGGUCCAGCUUCACCUAACUAGUAGCGAGAGGAACUGAUUUGUUCAGGCUCCUUCCAUCAAACGCCCUAGAAAGCGCCUGCCUGGUAAGCUGCCAAAAAUACGCAAAUUAUAUCACAUAUUUUAGCAAAAUGUAACCGUAGGAGUCAGUUUUAAGCAAAAUUAAGCGUCUGUCCCUCACCAUUUCCUUUUGAGUUAAAGCUAUUAUAAAAAUGCGGCAUUGCACCUUUUCGUGUAGGAUUCUUAACUGACUGAGCCUUGCCAAUUUCGAGAACCAAAAAAUAAUCUUUUAUGGGACAAGAACGGGUAAAGAAAGGAUUAACACAGAUCUAAGAUAUAGAUUUUAAUAAACUUAGGCUAAAUGAAAAAUAAAUAAUUUUUUUAGGUGUAUCAUUACUUUGAAAGUACCUACAGCAUCACAAAUAUUUAUCUGUAGCUGGAGUUUUGAGAAUUAGGCUGACCACAGAGUUGGGUUUUAAUCAUCCUCACGGCGGUCAAAUCGAAAUGAAAUGCAGCGAGAAAAGAACAAACAAUCAACUCCUCUUGCAAAUAAUUCCAUGCAUGUCCGGCAACUGCAAUAGCGAAAAAAAAAACAUCGUUAGCCUACUGGUAAAUGCCCUUGGCCGACCAAAGACUGAUAAAAUAGAUCAAUAGGUAAAGCGAGAAGUUUUGUUUUACCACUCUAGAGAUAAUAUUGGAAGUCAUGAACCAUGACCAACCAAAUAUUCCCUUCGCGGGAAAAGUUUGACUGCACAUGGCGUCCAUGACAACGGGAAUCGAAGUGUCCAAUCAGGAUUCAGAACAGAACUAUCCAGGCUUCGCUUCCCACACUUCGUCGAGCGUGAAUGCAAGAUGGUGUACAGUUCAGCCUACAGACGGGCCUAUAGAAAACCUCUGUGGGAUGAUUAUGGUAAGGAAGAAUUUAUUAGUAAGUUGCAGUAUAGGUCAGAUCGAAGGUCAAUAGAACAUCGCCAUCAGCCUUGGAGGUGGGACAGCGAAAGUGAAGAAGAAGAAGAUAUUGAAGAGAUUCCGGCACACGAUGGCAGUUAUGAUGGGGGACGCCGUCAGUUUCAUCUAGACGAGAAAAAAGCUGAUAAAAAACCGCCAAAGAACGCAUGGGAAGAGGAGAAAGAUUUCAAAGAGAAAGAUCAUGCUGAAAGAGCCUUACCUUUGCCCGAAAGACUUAAGUUUGACGAAGCAGAGAAAGAAGAAAAACCAAAAUAUACGCGUUCUGCGGAGGACGCGAGACUAAACGAACGUGAGUCUCGCGGUGGCAGAGAUCACAGGCGUAAACAUCACAGAUCGUCGGGAGAUGAAAAGAAACAGCGAUCACACUCGAAUUCACCGGAAAAGGAUCCAAUCUCUAGGGAUAGAAGAAAGAAAGCGCCCUUUCUCCCUUAUGGAAUGGCUAACGAAGGACCUGUAGACAUGUGGAAAACUCAUAAUGUGCUGGCUUCACAGCCCGAGGUGUAUCCUGCUGCUCUUCGUGCACAGAAAAGAAGACAACAAGAGAUUAAAAAGAAAGCUCAACUGCGAGAAGAAGCAGUAAAAAAGAAGGAAACACCAGCACAUUUUGAUGUGGAUGUUGCAUUUCCAAAAACCUGGUGGAUGACAGAGUAUCAGAGAAACUUUUGUAAAGAGGAAGAUGUCAAGAGACACUUUUUGAGAUAACAUGUACUUUACAUUAAAUGACCAAGUGCUUGACUUUUGAGUACAUGCCAACCAUCACAGUCAAAAGUGUUUGUUCUUAAUUU